AUGGAAAAAAAAAAACAAAAAGUUGAACAACAAAUUUCAACAAAUUUUGACAAUAUGAAUUCUGAUAGGAAUGUGGUGGUUCAAACAAUUAAAGAUCCAACAACAGAGGAGGAUUAUAAAUCAAAUUCAAUGGAAAGAAUGAAUUCAGAACCUAUUAAACUUUCUAUUGUGUUGGUGAGUUAUCGUAUGAACAUGGGUGCUGCGACCGCCAAGACCAAAGAAUAA